AUGCUGGUGAAGAAGAUGGACGAGAUCGAGGUGGAAAACCGAAGGCAUGCUCCCACUGCGGAUCGACGCGACCUGAUGAUCGUGGAUGCUGGCAGAGACAAACGUGCCGGAAGUGCGGUCGCAAAGGGCAUCCAUCGGACAAGUGCUUCUACGUGUGUGCAGCAUGUGGAGAGUUACAUGAGAAUAGCAAAUGCCCCAUGGAAGAGUUCUUCAACGUGA